UUAUGCUUUAUGUCAGCAUAUUGCUUCAUAUUCUUCAUGCCGUCGGCUGGUGUUCUAUUGAAUGGAACGUUCUGCGCCAUACUGGAGGUGUGAGCUGGUAAGAUGCUCACCGUGGUUUAACAAUAAAUUAUUUCCUCGUAAUGGCCGUCUUCCUGGGCACAGUUACUUAAACUGGAGUCUGAAGGAGGGGCAUAGAGGGAGGAGCCAGUUCACACCCAUUCAAAGUCUUAAAGUGCCCAUGUCUCCUGUGGAUCCUGUCUAUACCCCAUGGUUCUUGAAGCGUCCCCAGCAUCCUCUACGGACUAAGUGAAAAGUAAUUACUGCAGGACUACACCAUAGUGAAGAAGACAUCCGGUGACCGUGAGACCCCCAGCAACCAUCCUCGUGUUGCAGGUGGACUAAGCAGGACCUAGAGCCCCAUCACGGUGCCUCCACCUCACUCACUGACUCACUGAUAAAUAAGAGACACAAUGACCAGAAGAUCCUGGAACUCACCAACAAGAUCAUUCAGAUGCUGACUGAAGAGGAGGGGGAGUAUAUAGAGGAACACAGGGGUCUGUACAAGGACGUGAUGAUGGAGAAUUACUGGCCCCUCACAACACUGGAUGGGCCCAGUAACAGAGAUACCCCAGAGAGAUGUCCCCGUCCCCUGUAUUCCCAGGAUUGUACAGAGGAGAAUCACAGGAUCCCACAGAAGGAUCAGGUAGACCAUCUGUCUGAUAUUAAAACAGAAGAUACAGAGGGAGAAAAAGAGACGUAUGUGACUGAUAUACAGGCAGAAGAUAUGGAGGGAGAAGAAGAGACGUAUGUAACUGAUAUAAAGGCAGAAGAUAUAGAGGGAGAAGAAGAUACGUAUGUGACUGAUAUGAAGGCAGAAGAUAUAGCGGGAGAAGAAGAGACGUAUGUGACUGAUAUAAAGGCAGAAGAUAUAGAGGGAGAAGAAGAGACGUAUGUGACUGAUAUAAAGGCAGAAGAUAUAGAAGGAGAAGAAGAGACGUAUGUGACUGAUACGAAGGCAGAAGAUAUAGAGGGAGAAGAAGAGACGUAUGUGACUGAUAUAAAGGCAGAAGAUACAGAGGGAGAAAAAGAGACGUAUGUGACUGAUAUAAAGACAGAAGAUACAGAGGGAGAAGAAGAGACGUAUGUGACUGAUUUAAAGGCAGAAGAUAUAGAGGGAGAAGAAGAGACGUAUGUGACUGAUAUAAAGGCAGAAGAUAUAGAGGGAGAAGAAGAGACGUAUGUGACUGAUAUAAAGGCAGAAGAUACAGAGGGAGAAGAAGAGACGUAUGUGACUGAUAUAAAGGCAGAAGAUACAGAGGGAGAAGAAGAGACGUAUGUGACUGAUAUAAAGGCAGAAGAUAUAGAGGGAGAAGAAGAGACCUAUGUGACUGAUAUAAAGGCAGAAGAUACAGAGGGAAAAGAAGAGACGUAUGUGACUAAUAUAAAGGCAGAAGAUAGAGAGGGAGAAGAAGAGACGUAUGUGAGGGGUGAUCAGCAGUGUAAGGAGGAGGAGAUCCCUACAGAUAUCAGCACAGCAGAUGGACACACAAGCAGGAAUAUAUCAGAAGGACAUCUAAUGUUAUCCCCGGAUUGUGACAUAAAAGAUAAUGACAGUAGACAGGAUUCUCCAGGAGAUAACCCCAUUACCACAAUUAUACAUCCAGCUCUAUCAGCUGAUACCUCUGAUCCUGGGAAAUGUUCUCUUGAUCUCUCUGAUAUUGGUGUAUCUGUUACAGCUCUGAGAGUAGAUGAGUUUCCAUGUGCUAUAGAUGCCAAAUGUUUUACACAGAACACAAAGCUUAUUAACCCACACACAGGUAAGACAGGUGAGAGGCCAUUUCUAUGUUCUGAGUGUGGGAAAUGUUUUGCACGCAAAUCAGAUAUUGUUAUACAUCAGAGAAGUCACACAGGUGAGAAGCCAUUUCCAUGUUCUGAGUGUGGGAAAUGUUUUGCACACAAAUCAGAUCUUGUUAAACAUCGGAGACGUCACACAGGUGAGAAGCCAUUUCCAUGUUCUGAGUGUGGGAAAUGUUUUGCACAUAAAUCAGAUCUUGUUACACAUCAGCGAAGUCACACAGGUGAGAAGCCAUUUCCAUGUUCUGAGUGUGGUAAAUGUUUUGCACGCAAAUCAGAUAUUGUUAUACAUCAGAGAAGUCACACAGGUGAGAAGCCGUUUUCAUGUUCUGAGUGUGGGAAAUGUUUUACAAACAAAUUACAUCUUGUUAGACAUAACAGAAAUCACACAGGUGAGAGGCCAUUUUCUUGCUCUGAGUGUGGGAAAUGUUUUAUCCAGAAAUCAAAUCUUGUUAAACAUCAAAGAAGUCACACAGGUGAAAAUCCAUUUCCAUGUUCUGAGUGUGGGAAAUGUUUUGCACACAAAUCAGUUCUUGUUAUACAUCAAAGAAGUCACACAGGUGAGAGACCAUUUUCUUGCUCUGAGUGUGGGAAAUAUUUUAUCCAAAAAUCAGAUCAUGUUAAACAUCAAAGAAGUCACACAGGUGAGAAUCCAUUUCCAUGUUCUGAGUGUGGGAAAUGUUGUUUAAGUAAAUCACAUCUUGUUAAACAUCACAGAAGUCACACAGGUGAGAAGCCAUUUCCAUGUUCUGAGUGUGGGAAAUGUUUUGCACACAAAUCAGGUCUUGUUACACAUCAGAGAAGUCACACAGGUGAGAAGCCAUUUCCAUGUUCUGAGUGUGGGAAAAUUUGUUUCAGUAAAUCACAUCUUGUUAUACAUCACAGAAGUCACACAGGUGAGAAGCCAUUUCCAUGUGCUGAGUGUGGAAAAUGUUUUGCACACAAAUCAGGUCUUGUUACACAUCAGAGAAGUCACACAGGUGAGAAUCUAUUUUCUUGCUCUGAGUGUGGGAAAUGUUUUACCCAAAAAUCGUAUCUUGUUACACAUCAGAGAAGUCACACAGGUGAGAAGCCAUUUCCAUGUUCUGAGUGUGGGAAAUGUUUUGCACACAAAUCAGAUCUUGUUAAACAUCAGAGAAGUCACACAGGUGAGAAGCCAUUUCCAUGUUCUGAGUGUGGGAAAUGUUUUGCAUACAAAUCAGAUCUUGUUAUACAUCAGAGAAGUCACACAGGUGAGAAGCCAUUUUCUUGCUAUGAGUGUGGGAAAUGUUUUACAUGGAAAUCACAACUUGUUACACAUCAGCGAAGUCACAAGUGAGAAGCCAUUUCCAUGUUUUGAGUGCUGGAAAUGUAUUGCACACAAAUCAGAUCUCAUUAAACAUGAGAGCAGUCACACGGGUGAGAAGCCGUUUUCUUGCUCUGAGUGCAGGAAAUGUUUUACACAGAAAUCACAUCUUGUUACGUGUCAGCGAAGUCACAGGUGAAAAUCCAUUUCCAUGUUCUGAGAUUGAGAAAUGUUUUGCACACAAAUCAUAUCUCGUUAGACAUAACAGAAGUCACACAGGUGAGAAGCCAUUUUCUUGCUAUGAGUGCAAAAUGUUUUACAUGGAAAUCACAACUUGUUACACAUCAGAGAAGUCACACAGGUGAGAAGCCAUUUCCAUGUUUUGAGUGUGAGAAAUGUUUUGCACACAAAUCAGAUCUCGUUAGACAUCACAGAAGUCACACAGGUGAGAAGUCAUUUUCUUGUUCUGAGUGUGAAAUGUUUUACACAGAAAUCACAACUUGUUACACUUCAGCGAAGUCACACAGGUGAGAGGCCAUUUCCAUACCCUGAGAAAUAAAUCAGCACAAUAGACAUCACUCAGGUGAGAAACCAUUUUAAUCUUCUGGAGCAUACUUAUCAUUGCCAUGCAUUGUUCUUCAAGGUUCUUAUCCUAUCUCCUAUGCUUUUUGCAAUAUACAUGCUACCGCAGGGUGAAAUAAUCAGAUGUCAUGCCAUCAUCUACCACUGCUAUGCAGAUGACCUGUCUUUUGCUCCGGGUACUGAGAACCCAGUACCAAUCCUAGAUGGUUGUCUAGCUGAGCUCCAGGUGUGGGUGAUGCCAGUUGGCUGUGACUCAGUCCUGGUGAAACAGGUCCUUAUGAUAGAAGCUCACCAACAAAGGGCAGGGCUACAGCUCAGCUUUGCCUACCAACCAGAAUUACGCUUGUGGGUUCAGAGUUACAAAAUGCUGAUCCUGUGCGAAAUCUUGGUAUCCUGAAUCUUGGUAUCCUGGAUGGUGGAGUGACACUUAGAUAUCAGGUAUCAGCCACAAUCAGAUCCUCAUCUGAGAAAUAUAGCCAGACUCCAGCACUUAUUUCCCUCAGAAGAUCUACCUACAGUCAUACAUGCACUUGUAUCAUCACGCAUAGACUACUACAAUGUCCUCUACCUGGGUCUCCCAACAAAAGAAUUGCACCGCUUGUAGCUUGUACAGAAUGCAGCAGCCAGGCUGUUACCUAACCAGCCCGUUCCUGCCACAUAACACCCAUUCUCUGCUCCCUUCACCGGCUGCCUGUAAGAUGGUGACUGUUACAUAAUCUUACUGACUCCCAAUCCUACAUGACCAAGGUCACAGGUACCAGAAGCAGCUUCUGCCUCCUUACUGCCCGGUUACAUCCAUCUGCAGAUGAAGGACUUACCCGGAGUACCAAGAAUCCCCAAGCAGUUCUGAGAUGACAUGGUGGGCGGCACUAUUGCUGUAGCAGGGGCUGCCGGAGGCACUGUCUGUGGGUAAUGUUGUCCCCAAGUAGUGCUGAGGUGGAAGAGGGGUGGCAAGCAGUA